CUUGAGACACCAGAAGCACACAGGCAGCACCUAGUACCCAGGCCUUUCUCGGCUCUGCUGACACUCGAGCCUGUACUCCACCAACUGCUCAGCAUCAUGAAAGUCUCCGUGGCUGUCCUCGCUGCCCUGCUCUGCGCCAUGACUCUCUGCGACCAGGUCUUCUCUGCACCAGUUGGUGCUGACACGCCCACAGCCUGCUGCUUCACCUAUGUCGCCAAGAAGAUUCCACGCCAAUACGUAGCUGACUAUUAUGAGACCAGCAGCCAGUGCUCCCAGUCAGGUGUCAUCUUCAUAACCAAGAGAGGACGGGAGGUCUGUGCUAACCCCAGUGAGGCCUGGGUCCAAGAAUACAUCAAUGAUCUGGAGCUGAAUGCCUGAGUGGCCUGGAAGCAGUCAGGAACCCACUGACCUCUGUGGGGAGCAAGGAUCUAUGCCGCAGAAACAGCCCUGUAACUUCCACAGCUACCUCUCCUAUGGGAACUUUUAACUUAAAUCUUAAUUUAUUUAUGAUAUUUAAUUUUUUAAUUUAAUUUUUAUUUUUAUACUGCGUUUAUGACCAUUUGUAUGAAAGAUCUCAGGAUCCCUUCUUCACCACUUGUCUCCUCUCCCUUUUCUCCCUCAGUUUGGUGACAGUUGCGUGGCUGUCAUCAGCUGGUUCUGGGCAGACGUGGUACCAAAGACACGAAACUGACACAUACAUUGUGGAUGUAUUUAUUCUGUGCUGUGUCCAGCCUGGUGAAAUAAUAAAGAUGCUUUUUAAAAAAAUAAA